ACGCCAUUUUUGUCAACAUACCGGUGUGAAGACAACAAACGCCACACGUUUCAGACACUAAUUUAGUUAUUUAGCUUCAUAGCUUAGUGCAGGGUAUAUUUCUGUAAUUAUGGAUAAUUCACUGCAUAUUUUUCUAUUUUUGACUGUGUACUUUUUAUCUAUUGAAGCAACAGAAUUGACGUUUGAAUUGCCAGAUAACGAAAAGCAAUGCUUUUUCGAAAAAAUCGACAAGGGCAUUAAGUCAACUCUAGAGUUUCAGGUUAUAACAGGGGGGCAGUAUGACGUCGAUAUGGAGCUUGUUGCCCCGAAUGGACAGAUUCUAUACAAGGAUGUAAAGAAACAGUACGACAGUUUUACUUGGACGGCCGACCAGACUGGAGUCUACAAGUUCUGCUUCAGUAAUGAGUUUUCAACUUUCUCACACAAAGUGGUUUACUUUGAUCUGGAGGUCGGGGAUGAAAAACCCAUUGUUGAUGAAAUGGAAGGAAAUGCACACGCAACUGCCAUGACGAUGAUGGAAUCAGGCUGUGUGAAUAUCCACGAGUCACUGAGAUUCAUCGCGGACGGACAGACGCACUACAGACUGCGGGAAGCCCAGGGUCGUGUGUUUGCGAAACACCUGCGUUCAGGCGUCAUGUACUGGUCCAUUGGGCAGACCGCCAUCAUUCUGCUUGUCAGUAUCGGCCAGGUUUUCGUCUUAAGAGGAUUCUUUGCCGACAAAAAGACCAUAAAACCCUCAACAACCGUUUUAUCAUAAAUUGUAAAUUUAGGUAAUUGUAGGUUUUUGUAAUAUAUUGAAAAAGAAAGAGACGCAAACAUUAAUUUAGUUUUUUUUAAAUUUAAUAUGUGUAAUUCUUUGUGGCCUCAACAACCGUUUUAUCAUAAAUUGUAAAUUUAGGUAAUUGUAGGUUUUGGUAAUAUAUUGAAAAAGAAAGAGAUGCAAACAUUAAUUUAGUUUUUUUUAAAUUUAAUAUGUGUAAUUCUUUGUGGACAGAAAACAAUAAAAUCGUCAACAAUCAUUGUAUUUCAAACAGUAGAUUUGUCAGAACAAAAAUUGUAACAUACUGAAAACCAAAAGAAAUGCAUUAAUUUAGUUUUGUUUACUUUAUUUAAAAUUAUUCAGUUUCAAUGCCGUUAGUUUUUAAUGUGUUUUAAUAUUACCAAUGUCUUGUGGACAUUUCAAGCCCAUUUUAACCAUCUGUUUACCUAAUUAACUGUAUCAUGAACAGAUUUAAAUUAAAAUACAUGUAUCAGGGUUUUUUUAAAACUAUUAUUCAGGGGCCUAAUUCAUAAAGGUGUCUUAGACUCUGUUACACAACAAAGCAUCCUCUUUGAUAGUCUUUUAGCGCUGCACUGUGAGAUCGUAAAGUUGCGAGAGAGUAGUGAAUUAGGCCCCAGAUCUGUUUCAAUAAUUCAGUACCGUGUGAGCUCCCAAAGUUGCGAGAGUGUAGUGGAUUAGGCCCCAAAUCUGUUUCAAUGAUUCAGUACUGUGUGAGAUCGUAAAGUUGCAAGAGAGUAGUGGAUUAGGCCCCAGAUCUGUUUCAAUGAUUCAGUACCGUGUGAGAUCGUAAAGUUGCGAGAGAGUAGUGGAUUAGGCCCCAGAUCUGUUUCAAUGAUUCAGUACCGUGUGAGAUCGUAAAGUUGCGAGAGAGUAGUGGAUUAGGCCCCAGAUCUGUUUCAAUGAUUCAGUACCGUGUGAGAUCGUAAAGUUGCGAGAGAGUAGUGGAUUAGGCCCCAGAUCUGUUUCAAUGAUUUAGUACCGUGUGAGAUCGUAAAGUUGCGAGAGAGUAGUGAAUUAGGCCCCAGAUCUGUUUCAAUGAUUCAGUACCGUGUGAGACCUCUCCGGGUUUUUAUUUUAGUAUCGUUUAUAUGGUGUAGGGUUUAUACUUUCAAUAGGUUUGGUUAGUGUACACAAAUAUAAUAUAUUAAACCACUGUGUAUAUCAAAAGUAUAUCAUCUCUCUUUAUAAUGGGCCAUUGUUGUAAGUUAGUAUGUGUGCACAUCAUAUUU